AUGUCCGAGCAGCCUUACGACCCCUACAUCCCCUCUGGCNNCGGCGGCGCCAGCAGAGAUGGCAACCAGCGUACUGCCGCUCUUCAAGCCGUACGUCGCUUCCGGAAUCCCAUGCCAAACAUGCAUACAGCGACUGACAUAUUGCCCAGNGAAAUCGACUCCACCGUCAAUGUUAUGCGCAACAACAUCAACAAGGUCUCGGAGCGUGGCGAGCGCCUCGACAGUCUGCAAGACAAGACCGACAACCUGGCCGUCUCAGCGCAAGGCUUCAGACGCGGCGCCAACAGAGUCAGAAAGCAGAUGUGGUGGAAGGACAUGAAGAUGAGAAUGUGCCUGAUCAUCGGCAUCAUUCUCCUGCUCUCGUCGCAACAAAACAUCACUAGAGCGANNCCCGUCCUCGACCACGNNUUUUGA